AUGAUUACUUUGUGGCCAAAAUUCUCACUUAUCGACAAAAUAACUAAAAUUAACGUAUUUCGACUGAAACCACUACAGAAGAUUACACUGGGGGCACGAGUUGUUGGAGAUAGCGGGCAAGUGUUCAAUUCAUACGCUUGCUUCAUCGCUACCGAACAUGGCCAGGUCGAUGUUUCUCGUGAACCAUCUUUUGGUGGAUCUUACCGCGGAGUUUCAGCUAUGGGACUCUUAUGGAGCAUGAAACCAUCACCAGAGAAAAGGCAUUCCAAUGAUGAAAUCUGAUGUCACUAAACCUUACAGAGUCGUCUUGGACUAUUUUGAUGGCUAUACGGAUCCGCAGGAAUCAAGUUCUUUGCAGCCUUUGUCUGGCAAUACGUUUGAGAAGGGGUACAUGGCGAAUGGAGUGAAAAGAAUUCCUGUGAGAGAAGGAAGUAUCCGUGGAACUCUUUUUCUUCCCCCGGGUGACGGACCCUUUUCUGGUAAGUAGCGAAAGUUUGACGUUUAUCUAAAAAAAAAAAAAAAACCCGUUAGUCAAGACUAGAAUAGUGUUUUUAUAGAUUAUAAUUUAAAAGGAAUUGAUCGAGAAGCAAUCAGAAUCCACUAUUGAGCUUUACAGACGUGUCAUGAUCUUUUAAGACAACGGUGUUGGACAUACAGUUCAAGUUUUUACCAACAAUCACUUUUGGGUUGAUCACCUCUGUGUUAUAUCACUAGAGUUUAUUGUUUAGAUGUGUUGUAGCCUCCAGCAGUAUUUUACUUUAACCUUAAGUAAAAUUUUAUGUUAUGAAGUAACAUUGGUUAAAUUUUUUGCUAUAAAGUAUUUAGUUAGUAAAGGUACUCACAUGAUUUCGAAUGUAAUUUGAAAUAAAUAAGCACGAGUAAAUUUUUUCAAAGACUAACAAAAUUGCACAAGCCCGCAGCGCGAGUGCAGUUUGUGGUGUUUUAAAAAAUUAACAAGUGCUUAUUUAUUCCAAAUUGCACGAGAAAAAUCAUAUGAUUACGUAUUAAUAUACAUGAAUAAAGACGAGAUAGCUUAUCAUAAUUAUGCAGAAGCAAAGCGCGCCCUGCAAGUGGCAUUGUGCGUUCGGUCAAAACAACCGCGAACGAUCAAAACAAUAAUAUACAAAGAUAUUUUCACAUCUUUAAGGCGCAAAAAAUUUCAAAGUCCGGCUAAACAUUUAAAAGAGUUGUUCAGUCUGGUUUGUUACUUCUUUGCACUGAAUUAAACAUCUUCUGCAUUGAAUUACCUGAAAACUGCGUUUAUCUCAACCAAUUCUGACUAUCUUGUCUAACUUCCACGUGGACCCACACGAAAGACCUUGUUUUGGCUAAUGCAGUCAGAGGUUGAUUCAGUUAAUCAUAACCGUUAGGUUUUAUUGUUGUUGUUAAUAUUCAGCAAGCAAUAGUGAAUAUAUAAGCAGGUACUCUAGAGAUUACUUAAUAGAAGAAUGUCGACAUUGUGCAGAAGUAGAGACAGAAUUCCGUAACUGA